UUAAAACAAACAUCUUAGUACCAAUUCUUCUCUCUUUGCUGUCUUUAAGAUCACCAACAUAUUCCAACACCAUGGUUUUUCCAAAACCAGCUUCUGAGUCUGACCUUUUUCUUCAUUCCAAUUUUGCAUCUCGCUAUGUUAGGGACUCUCUUCCCAGGUUCAGCAUGCCUGACGACUCCAUGCCUAAGGAGGCUGCCUAUCAGAACAUUCACGAUGAGUUACAGCUUGAUGCCAUUCCAAAGCUUAAUUUGGCUUCCUUCGUGACUACAUCCAUGGAGGAAGAGUGCAACAAGCUGAUCAUGGAAUCUAUCAACAAGAACUACGUGGACAUGGACGAAUAUCCAAUCACCACUGAUCUUCACAAUCGGUGUGUGAACAUGAUAGCACGUUUGUUCCAUGCUGAAAUUGGAGAAGAUGAGAAUGCUAUUGGAGCCGGAACAGUUGGCUCAUCAGAGGCCAUAAUGCUGGCAGGGCUGGCAUUCAAGAAGAAGUGGCAGAACAAGCGCAAGGCAGAAGGCAAGCCUUAUGAUAAGCCUAAUUUGGUGACUGGCUCCAAUGUGCAAGUAUGUUGGGAGAAAUUUGCGAGAUAUUUUGAGGUGGAAUUGAGGGAAGUGGAGGUGAGAGAAGGAUACUACGUUAUGGAUCCUGCGAAAGCAGUUGAGCUGGUUGAUGAGAACACUAUUUGUGUGGCUGCAAUAUUGGGUUCAACUUACAACGGAGAGUUUGAAGAUGUGAAGCUCUUGAAUGACUUGCUGCUACAAAAGAAUAAACAAACUGGAUGGGAUACACCAAUUCAUGUGGAUGCUGCAAGUGGUGGUUUCAUUGCUCCUUUCCUUUAUCCAGAGCUGGAGUGGGAUUUCAGGCUGGCAUUGGUGAAGAGCAUAAAUGUGAGUGGACACAAGUAUGGUCUUGUUUAUGCUGGUAUUGGUUGGGUUAUUUGGAGGACAAAGGACGACUUACCCGAAGACCUUGUGUUUCAUAUCAACUACCUUGGAGCUGACCAACCCACCUUCACCCUCAAUUUCUCUAAAGGUCCUUCUUUACAACCUUGUGUUCCAUAUCAUUACAUGACACCAUGUACUUACCUUGUCACAUCUUCACUUACAGGUUCUAGUCAGAUCAUUGCUCAAUACUAUCAGCUAAUUCGUCUUGGCCAAGAGGGUUAUCGAAGCAUAAUGGAGAACUGCAGAGAAAACGCAAUGGUGCUGAAGGAAGAUUUGGAGAAGAGUGGGCGCUUUAACAUACUCUCAAAAGACGAUGGUGUUCCUGUGGUGGCAUUUUCUCUGAAAGACCGAAGGCAAUACGAUGAGUACAAGAUAUCAGAGAUGCUGCGGCGCCAUGGUUGGAUCGUGCCAGCUUAUCCAAUGCCACCUGCUGCUCAGCACAUAAAUGUUCUCCGUGUGGUGAUCAGGGCUGAGUUUUCACGCACCCUUGCUGAGCGCCUUGCGUUUGACAUACACAAUGUGCUGCAUGAGCUUGAAAAGGUGCAUCCACCCACAAAGACCAAUAACACUGAGGAAGUGAACAAGUCCUUGGUUGAUUCCGAGGUCAAGAAAACUGCAAUGGAUACACAGAAGGAAAUCAUUGCUCAAGAAUCCAACAAACGUCAGAAAAUCAUGGCUUCCUAGUUAGGGAGCUAUCUCACUAUGCCAACUAAAUACGCCACCUCUAUUUGUUUUUAACUACAUUCAAGAUCCGCACCGUUAACUAUAUUUCAUUUUUCGUUCCAAAAUAUCAUAGUUGAUUUGUUUUUUUA